CAGACCCUCUCAAUCUGAGUCUCCAGCGGGCGACUAACCUCCACCGGAGUAAACAGAUUGAGGCCCUAACGAACAAAACCUCCACUACCGAAGUAAAUUCGGUACAGAAUAGUGAAUUGGCUCCUCGACUAAAGUCGCCAAUUCACUACCUUCAAUUAAGGGUGCUCUAUCAACCUAGGCAGAUAUUCUCUUUCUAGGUUAAAGCAUAAACAACAGGAAUUUGAUCAGGAUUCAUGCCAUUCAAUCAUUCAAACCUCAAUCGAAUAUAAUCAAAUCAUAGAAUCUGUACUUGGGUUCAUACAAUCCGACCUAACAUACAAAUCUAGGGUUCUCCAUACCCAGAUGAAUGGGAGAACUACUCCAUGGAGAAAGAGGCAAAAGCAGAUUCAGAUGCGGAAACCAUACUGUGAUGGAUGGGUUUCUGCUCCUGGUCGUCGAUCAGCACUUCUCCAAGCUCAAGCCGGGCUCCAAUGGUGAUGAAGAUCAAGCUAGGGCACUUGGGAACUCUUGUUCGUCGCUUUCUCUCUCUAGGAAUCGCUCUGUCUCUCUAAAACUCGGAACUCUCUUCUCCUCUGCUGAAAAUUGGCUUAAAACCAGAAAAUCCCGACUCACACGGCCGUGUGACAUCCCCAGCUGCCCGUGUGAGUUGUGCAAACCGCAGCGUUUUGAUAAGUGGCUUCAGGCUUCCUACACGGCCACGACCCACACGGCUGUGUAGGUUCCCAGGGUGCCCGUGUGAGUUCCCUAGAAUUUCCACACGGCCAUCAGGGAUCCCCUACACAGCCGUGUGGCUUUUAGGCAUGCCCGUAUGGCUUCUCAGCUUCUCGCCAAACGUCCAAACUUCGUCCAAUCGACCCCGAACUCGUUCCUAAACCUUCAUUCACGUACUACAACCUGAAAUAUCACAAACAAGAACAACCUAGCGUGAAAUCGGCCUAAAACGCGAGAAUCGACAUCUCAAACGGCUCAAGGAUAGGGGUACAAACAUGUGUAAUCAAUGGUCUAUCAAACUCCCCCACACUUAACCGUUUGCUUGUCCCCAAGCAAACCUAACUCAAACCAAUGCAACUCUCCAGACCUCUAUAGCAACAAACAACCCCGAUCGUCGGUAGAGGAUUUUCUAGAUCAUAUAGCAGCUUACGAGGUCAACUGGUCUUCUAAGACGUUCCCUAUCUCUCUCAAUGCGAGUACUAGACUCAAGCCAGGAUCAUGAGAAGAAGUAGAAGUAAGACAGUCAGUUCAUGGAUAAAGGGACUCAUAUCAU